AUGGGUGACUCAGCCCCGACCAUUACCUCAAAGCAGUCUCUCAUCCUCGACUUGCCCCCAAGCUGCAUAGAGUUCUGUUCAACACAUCCGUCUUAUUUCGUGGUCGGCACCUAUAACUUGGUCAAGGAAGAGGAGACGAAGACUGAGUCGUCAGAAAACGCAGAUGGUGCUGUUCCCAAGAAGUCUCAAAACCGGAACGGUAGCUUGGUUGUAUACCAGCUCGUGGGCGGCCUUGUGCAACAUGUGCAAACACUCAUGCAUCCUUCAGCAAUUCUUGACCUGCACUUCUGCCCAUCGUCAGGGCUGGAGGACAUCUUGGCUGUAGUCUCGAGCACGGGAACACUUUCCAUCUUUAAGCUGGCCCCGGACACUGAUUACUCAGAGCCGUUGAAGCAUUUGGCGACGAGCAAAAUAUCCGAUGUACCUGAAGGCGUUCUCUUCCUCUCUGGUGUCUGGGACCCGAACGAUGCCGCCUGUCUUGCGCUGACAACCUCGUCUGGUGAGGUGCGUAUUGUAAGGCUCGACGGUUCAUGGGAGAUUAUAGACGAAGAGGACUCGGAGGCUGUUAUCACGCAUUCUCUCGAGGCUUGGACAGUUGCCUUCUCGCCACCAGACCAAGCCAAGCCCUUCGUCCUCUACUCUGGAGGAGACGACUCGGCGUUGCGCUACACAUCGUGUUCUCGCAGUGACGAUUCGGGCAUCGGGGCUCUGUUUGCGCCCCUCAACAUCCCCGGCCACGGUGCCGGCGUGACUGCUAUCCUCCCCAUUUCACUUGCUCUCGCAGACAACUCGAGACUACUAGUUACGGGUAGUUAUGACGACACAAUAAGAGUGUUUUCUGUACAGCCGCCGCACGAGACGUAUGGUAUGCGGAAGGUCAAAUGUCUCGCAGAGGAGAACUUAGGAGGGGGUGUGUGGAGGCUCAAGUUGAUCGACAUGAAGAGCAAUGCUGACCGAUGCCGCCUGCGCGUUCUGGCAUCAUGCAUGCAUGCUGGCGCCAGAAUUGUCGAACUCGAGGGCCCGCUGGACGGCGAAGACUGGGUCGUGACUGUCCUGGCCCAGUUCGAGGAGCAUAAGAGUAUGAACUACGGCAGCGACUUUGUACCUGCAUCGGGAGUCAAGCGUCUUGAGUGUGUAUCGACGAGCUUCUACGACAAGCUCUUGUGCCUAUGGGAGGUAAAACUAGCCUAG